AUGCAGCAUACCCCUGUCAAGGGGCAACAAUCCAGUUGGACAUGGUGCAGUUUGAGCUGUAAAAGACGCCGAAUCUUGGGCAUCCUGAAGGAGCCGGAAGAAAAGAUACAUGAUUCUUUAACCGGCAAGACAAUGACCUUUUUGUCCGACGAGUACGCGUCGAGGACUGCAUCAUCUCUCGCUAAAAACAAGCAGAGACGCAUCAAUCUUCACGAUCGGGAGGCAGUGGAAGAAGAAAUCAUUGCGCGUGCCGAACGCAACUUGAAGAGAGCGAACCGAAGGAUGGACGAAAACUAUAUCGAAGAAGUUUCUGACGACGAACAUUUUCUGGAUGAAUCAAAUGUCCAGGAGACGGCUCCUGUCGUUAAGCCUUCUAUCCCGAGUUUCAUAGCGGACGCUGUGGACUUCAUAGGUCUAUUCUUGCUUCAAUGUCGGUUAAGGCUUAAACGCUUGCUGGAACGAGCCAUCACUGCGCUAUGGAUUUAUGUGAAACGUGGGUGGGUGACCCGUGGGUACGAAGUCUACCGUAUACUGGUGAAGGAGAGAUAUGGAUCCUAUAAGUAUCCGAGGUAUAAACACUAUGGCAAGUACACUCGAGGUCGACUAAGGUCAACCAAGGUCGAGUACAAGUACACAGCCGCUACACUCCUUCUCCCAAACCCCAUCCCUGAGCCCCAAUUUGAGUGUGCUACGUGGUAUAUGCGAGAAUCUCAGCAGGAGGUUGAUCGCCUGAAACGUGCUCACAGAGAUGACGGGGAUGAUGCAGAUGAUGAGGAUGAGCCUACAGAUAAAUAUGGGCCUGGUAGAAGUUCUCUGCGUAUGGUAGACACAGUCAAGGCAGGAGAAUCUGAACAGAGGCCAUCAGAUAGGGACAAAACGCAGUGCAUGCAAGGUUGUCCGAGGCAAACACGCGCAUUGUCGGCGGCGUUCGAUAUACGUCGCGUCCUCUUAAAUCUGGCAAGGUCAAAGGCACUUACGUUUCUCGCCCUCUCUUCUCUCCGCAAAAUCCACGAGGAUCCGGCCUGCGUCAAAAUGAAAAAGGGAUUGGUCACCGACCCAAACUACGCCCGACUGCAAUGUUGGUGGUGUGAAAGUCAGGACCUGGCUGGCAGGCCAGGGAUGUCGGCUCCCAGAUCUUUUUGUGGAUCAGGCUCUGAAGAUGAUUAG